AUGGAAGAGGAAGGCAAAGAGGCUCUGUGGCUAUUGUUGAAACCACAAAGACUUCCAAGGCCUUUCAGUUGCAUUGUUUUGGUUGCAGUUUAUUAUCCCCCAAAUCAAGCGGCUAUAAAUGAGAUAACUAUGAUUGAUUACCUUAUUAAUGGAAUCGACUUUAUUCUACAAAGCUAUCCCUCUGCUGGAAUUAUAAUAGCUGGAGACUUUAACAAAAUGAAAUUAGGAACAUUAUGUAAUUGUUUUGAUUUGAGGAAAAUUGUUAAGAAACCAACUCGCCAGAGCAAUACUUUAGAUCAGAUAAUGACUAAUAUGUCGCCACUGUUUCAAGAAGUGCAACAUCUUCCUCCCUUAGGUCGAUCGGAUCACCAAUGCCUCCUUUUGAAUCCAAAAGAUCGGACGAGUACACGCCCAAUAACUAAAACAUUUCGAUCGAUGAAACGUUCAAACUUAAUAGCUCUCGAGCUAAGACUAAGCAGAACUGUCUGGGAUGCAGUAUACGAAGCAGACGAAGUAGAUGACAAAGUCUCAAUUUUCAAUGCAGUUAUUAGUCAAGCUCUAGACGGAUGUAUGCCUCUGAAAUCCAUAAGCCUACAUCCCACGGAUAAACCGUGGAUGACACCGAACAUCAGUAAAGCAAAGAUUAAGCUUAGACAACGGGCUUUUACUCGUGGCAACAUGUCCCAGUAUAAUCUACUAAGUGUACAAGUAGAAGAUAUGAUUAGGAAAGCCAAAUCAAAUUACUAUCAAAAUAAAGCUAAAACAUUCCGCACAUCUGACCCUGCGAAAUGGUACAAAGCAAUUUAUAAUCUGUCCGGAGUAAGUAGUCAGCAUGAAGGCCUAACAGUAAACUCCAUGGGUAGCGAGGCCGCUUUAGCAGAAAAAUUUCAAAUAUCCUUUACUGAACCUUGGAAAGACCUAAUUACAACAAGUAUUCCCCAACUAGAUGAAGUUGAGUCACUUCUCAAAAACUAUCCUCCCCAUCUACUUAGUAGGAUAUUAAGCGCGUCCUAA